AUAGGCGCGAAUUAUGUUUUGCAAGUAGUCUGCCGGACUGUAAAAUCCAUCUGUGGAGUUUCGUGGUACACAGUGCUCAACAAGAUUAUAUUUUCUAUAAUCCCCAAAGCGGAAUUUUAUUAGAACGUUCGAAACGAAAGCAGUAUGAUACAGCACUGCUGUUGACACGACAAGCUAACGUUAGCACUAGGACAUUUGUUGUGUUAUGUUGUUGUGUUGUUAGCCUAGUUUGUCGCACAGCGCUGAAUUGCAUGUAGCAAAAUUUGUGUCUCUGUCUACAAGAUGAAGAAGAUGAAAAGACCAAACUCGUCUGUGGGUAAUGAAAAGAAACAAGACGCGUCAUCAACUAAGCCAAAGAAGAGCCGCACCCUUGGUCGCCAGUCUAAGGUGUCUGCUGCAGAAGAGACAGGUGAAAGUGUAUUUAGUACGUUUAUUCGAGAAGCGGGUGUCACAUUGACUCACGGCAGCGACUCAAACGAGAUUGCUGUUGACCAGGUGGUGUUUCAAAAAAGAAUAAAACAAAAGUUGCAGAAGAGUCCCAGGUACCCUGGUAUUUUACAAGAAUUCAUCAGUGGACUGGAGUCUCACAUUGACGACAUAGACAGGUUUAGGAACUGCCUCCUCCCUUGUGUUCCAAGACUGCCCGAUGAUGAUCCCAGCUGUGUCAGCUCCUUCCAAGAAAGCCUGUUGCGUAUGCUGCUUGGCAUUGAGAUGCUUCAGACGCUUAUUAUUAACAUGUUGCUUGAGAAACUACCUGAAUAUAUGCUCAACAGUGCUGACGAAGCCGGACUCAGUAUUCCACGCACUAUCAUUAAUCAGUUCAAGUGGCUUGACAAAGUGGUGGAAAGCAAGGAGCUGGCGGACAAGCUCAUGGAGCUGCUGGCAGUGGCACCAGUGGACGUCCAGUGUGACAUCAUCACCAGCCUGCCGGAGAUAUUGGAGGACUCGCAGCACAAUGACAUAGCCAGGGAGCUGAAUUCUUUACUGAAGGAGAACACUCAGUUGACCGUGGCUAUCUUGGAUGCUCUCUCAAGCCUGAACAUCAGCUCUUCAUUACUGACUGAGGUUCGAGAAGCUGUUAUGACCACCAUCGCGGCAGUGCAACUGGAAGACCUGCCAGUGGUGGUCAAAUUUGUUUUGCAUUCCGCUCACGCGUCUGAUGCAUUUGAGGUGGUGUGUGGGCUCCGCAAGAAGCUUGAACUGGAGCAGUGUGUUCUCCCUUCUGUGCUGCAAGCAUCCCAGAGCCGCCUAAAGAGCAAAGGAGCAACGGCGUCCAACUCGGCUACAGCAACCACUGGCAACCAGGAUAGCGUUACCCUGAUCGUGGAGACCAUUAAAUUAGCAGUGCGCUUCCAGAAGAGCAUAUCUGAGGCCUGGCUCAAGGCAAUCCAGUCUGUGGAAGAAAUUGAGGACCACAAGGUGAUAGAUCUUCUGGUCCUGUUCAUCCUGCACUCCACUAACGCCAACCAGAGUCGCCGGGGCGCCGAGAACGUGCUGAGGAUGAAAGUGAGGACUGGCCUGAUCUCCGAGUCGCUGCUGCAGAAGACUUUUAAGGAUAACAAGCAGGUCCUGCGGGGAUAUUUUACCUCCAUCCUUGCCCUGGCUCAGAGUUUGCUGCGCUCGCCAGUCCCCUGCGCGGUCCAGUUUGCUGGGCUCAUGUAUCGGCAUUCCUUCGCCGCUUUCGAUACGUACUGUCAGCAGGAGGUUGUGGGCUCACUGGUGACCCACGUCUGCAGUGGUGUUGGCAGCGAGGUGGACAUGGCCCUGGAGCUGCUCUGCGGUCUGAUUACUGAAAACCCGACAGAAAUGGGACCGUAUGCCGUUUUUGUCAAGGGAAUUCUGGACUACCUGGACAAUCUCACACCUCAGCAAAUUCGCAGACUUUUCUAUCUGCUGAGCAAGCUGGCAUUUGGACCACAGCAAGGCUCACACAUUCAGGACGACAUGCACAUUGUGAUCCGCAAACAACUCUCCAGCACCGCGCCCAAGUACAAGCGCAUCGGGAUCAUUGGUGGCGUGAUGAUUAUAGGCAGCAUGGGGGCAUGCGUACCUAGAGUCAAAGAUAGUCAGAACAUCUCGUUACCGCCAGAGAGAUUCAGACAGUCGUCAGCUCUGUUUGAGUUGGUGCAGUCCAGUAGUGAGACUUCACCUGAGGCGACAGCUUUGUACUGUGACGAGCUGGCCAAUCUGAUUCAAACAUCCACUCUGGACCCACAAGUGCAGGAAAAGAUCUGCAACAGAGUCUUAGACGUGUUCCAGGAUGACUUUGUGGUGGAUCUGGGUCCAGAAAUAUCAGGGUCCUUCCCCUUCCCAGCCCGCGUCAUGUACAACCUAGACGAGGAUGAAAGUCAAGGAGGCAUCGCCAUCAACUUGAUGCCUCUGCUGGCUAAAGACAUGCACGGAAAGGCGGAGCGGCAUCGUCGAGACAAGAAGGACAAGAAGAGUGCUCUCUGCUUGUCCCCAUUUUUCCGCCUGCUGCGCUUUUGUGAGGAGAAGCAGAACCAAGGAGACUUGGAGGAGAUUGAUGCCUUACUGGGCUGCCCUGUCAUCUUAACAGACAUGGAUGUUGUCGACAAAAUUGACAGCCUGUCCAAAGUGGAGAAGGAGUUUGUCUGCACUCUGCUAUUUCACACCAUCAACUGGUUCAGAGAGGUGGUAAAUGCCUUCUGUAAGAUCAAAGAUAAAGAGAUGAAGAUGAAAGUGAUGACCCGCCUGCAGAACAUCACUUAUCUUCACACCCUGCUGGAGCGAGCUUUAGCCGUUACUCCUGGCUACGUUCCACCUGUUGCUAACUUUGAUGGAGAGAGCACAGAAAUAAUUGUACCCAACACUGCUGCUCCUUUGAACAAGGCAAAGAAAGGAAAGAAGAGGAAGGCGCCUGGGAAGAAUUCUUCUGACAGUAGCUCUCCAGUGGAGGACAAGAUAGAAGAAGAUGAAACGCAGCAGGAGCCAGAGAAGGAGAAGGAAAAAGAUAAAGAGAAGGAGGCCCGACAAGGAGUCAACCUGGCUUCGUACAGGCAAUUUUUCAGGGAGCUCGACAUGGAGAUUCUCAGUGUGUUGCAGUGCGGCUUGCGGACCCGCUCAAUGCUGGAUUCUGAGUUCGUCAACAAGGAGCACCAGGGGGUUCUUUUGGGUCCGGCAGAGCUGGUUUUCCUGCUGGAAGAUAUGCUUCGAAAAGUAGAGUUUCGUCUGACGGCUGUUCCGGCCAAAAGACUGCCUUUCCUCAAGGUGAGGGCCGACAAGAGCAUAGGCUUCUCUCACCUGCAACAGAUGAGCCCCAAGGAUGUAGCUUCCUUCUGUGUCCAGAUGCUGCCCGCCCUCUGCUCUCACUUGGAGAACUGUCACAACCAUUUCCAGACGUUGCUCUCCGACAACGACGGACUUGUGGACGGGCCCGCCACAGACGCUCAGGAGCACCAGUUAAUAUCUUCUUGCUGCCAGCUUCUCCUGCAAGUGUUCAACACUAUCUUUCGCUGGUCUGGAUUCAGCCAGCCAGGUCAGCGAAACUUGCUGAAGAAAGCUUUAGGAGUUUUGGCGGGACGACUUAAAGAUGGAGGAGCUGAGCUGAACCUGGAGCUGCUUGUUAAACACAGCUUUGAAUACCUGCUGAAGUUCCACAGCAGCAUCCCGAAUCUCAGUUCAGCUCUGUGCCUCUCUCAGCUGCUGUCCACUGUUUCUGAGAAAGGAGGCAACGUCAUUGUUUACAGGGAGCAGACUGCUUCCCUUGCACGAGGCUUCCUGUGCCAGUCGUGGGUGACGGUCAGUGGUGAAAAGCAACGAGGGGCCAAGUUCAAUGAAGCACUUCUCGCUCUCCUCAGCAUCUACAUGGAUCACGUGGAUGAUGUUCUGAAGGCGGUGGAGGAAAUAGCUAAUGAAGGCUUUUCUCAGAUUAGAAACGCGUCAAAAGACGAGAGCUCUGACUCCUGGCCAACGCUCAGCAAGCAGACAUUUAUGGUCUUCUAUAAAGUUUUGAUGGUAGAGCUGGAAAAAUCGGUCCGGAAGAUUCCAUCAGGGAAAAUCAGUGACAGUAGCGAGGCGCAGAGUGAACAGCUGCUGACAUGGACCCUGGCAGUCCGGAACUUCCACAUCCUGGUCAGCCAAGUAAAGGUGUUUAACUUGAGGCCCGUCCUGAAUGUGUGCCUUAAGUACGGACGUCUUUUUUUGGAUUCGUUCCUGAAGUUGGGAAUGCCGCUGCUCGACUACAGUUUCAAACGGCACAAGGAGGAUGUGCAGAAUCUGUUAAAGACCUUCCAGCUCAGCACUCGACAGCUUCAUUAUAUUUGCGGACACUCUAAGAUUAAUCAGGACACAAGUUUGACCAGCCACGUCCCGGCCUUGAAGAAGAGUCUCGAGGUGUUUGUCUACAGAGUGAAGGCCAUGCUCACCCUCAACAACUGUCAGGAGGCUUUUUGGAUGGGCAACCUGAAGAAUCGCAACCUUAAGGGUGAAGAGAUUCUUUCUCAAAGGACAGAAGAAAGUGAAGAGGAAGAGGAAGAAGUAGUGGAUCCGCAGAGCCAAUCUGAGGAAGAGGAGCAGGCCAGCGACGCUGAGAAGCAAAACAAGAGGAACAGAGAAGACAGUGACGAUCAGAAUCAAUCAGAUGACUCUGAAACAUACUAAAACCUUCGCAAAUUUAUUCAGCAUAUUUUCCAAAACACAUCUGCAUGUGGGAGUCUUGGGUGACAGUUUAUUGUCCUUUUUUUUUUUAUGUAGUGUUCUAAAAUGUUUUGUAAGUGUAAUGUUAAUUGUUGUUUUUGUAAUUCAUUGCAACCUUAUCCACACAUAAAUCUUUAUCUCCACAUAAAUUUAUACUUGUGAUGUUUCUGAAUAAUAAAAAAGUUGAGCUUGUAGGAUACAUAACAGUACAGUUAACACUGAGGUCUUUGUUUCUUUUAAAUACCACAAAUUGCUGGCACAAGCUCAAUGUGCAGAAGAUAUAUUUUUGAGUGCAAAUUUUCUUGCACCAAGCAUACUGGUAAAAGGCACCAGCAUGUAAAAGCAGUAUUUUAACAUCCUGCAGGGGG